UAUUUUUUGUAAGGCCGUCGACAAUAAAAAUUAGCUGACGUAAACUUCUAGCGGCCGAUUCUACUCUUUUCUAGGUGAAGGUUCUACAAGAACCUAAUUGCGAAGUUCGUGAAUUUCAAACUGAUAUUCCUACCAUAUUACAUAAAAAAUGGUGAACUUCACAAUAGACCAGAUCCGUGAGAUCAUGGACAAAAAACACAAUAUCAGAAACAUGUCUGUUAUUGCACAUGUUGACCAUGGUAAAUCCACACUAACAGAUUCCUUGGUAACAAAAGCUGGUAUUAUUGCUCAAGCCAAAGCUGGUGAAAUGAGAUUUACAGAUACUCGCAAAGAUGAACAAGAAAGAUGUAUUACAAUUAAAUCAACAGCUGUGUCUAUGUAUUAUGAAUUAACUGAUGCUGAUAUGGCUUUUUUGGUUGACAAAAAUAUUGAUGGCAAAGCAUUCUUAAUUAACUUAAUUGACUCUCCUGGACACGUUGAUUUUUCGUCUGAAGUUACUGCAGCUCUUCGUGUAACAGAUGGUGCUUUGGUUGUAGUUGAUUGUAUUAGCGGUGUUUGUGUACAAACUGAAACUGUGUUGCGUCAGGCAAUUGCUGAAAGAAUUAAACCAGUCUUGUUUAUGAACAAAAUGGACCGCGCUUUACUUGAGUUGCAGUUAGAACAAGAAGAUCUUUAUCAAACUUUUCAGAGAAUUAUUGAAAGUAUUAAUGUCAUCAUUGCUACUUAUUCAACAGAAGAUGGUCCAAUGGGAAAUAUUAUGGUUGAUCCUUGCAUUGGAACUGUUGGCUUUGGAUCUGGUCUUCAUGGAUGGGCAUUCUCUUUGAAACAGUUUUCUGAAAUAUAUGCCUCAAAAUUUAAAAUUCCUCCUAUUAAACUAAUGAAACGCUUGUGGGGAGAUCAGUAUUUUAAUCCUGCAGCAAAGGAUAAGAAAUGGAACAAAACUGGUGGUGAAGGAUAUACUCGUGGUUUCAAUAUGUUUGUGUUAGAUCCAAUUUUCAAAAUGUUUGACUCUGUUAUGAACUUUAAAAAAGAUCAGUAUGAAAAAUUAAUUGAGAAACUUGAAAUUAAAUUGACUCUUGAAGAAAGAGAGCUAGAGGGAAAACCACUAAUUAAGCGAAUUAUGCAAAAAUGGCUUCCAGCUGGUGACACUAUGCUUCAAUUAAUUACUAUACAUUUGCCUUCACCAGUUGUUGCUCAAAAAUAUAGAGCUGAACUACUAUAUGAAGGUCCUCAUGAUGAUGAAGCUUUCCUUGGAAUCAAAAACUGCGAUCCCAAUGGUCCUUUAAUGAUGUAUGUUUCUAAAAUGGUACCAUCUUCAGAUAAAGGUCGAUUUUAUGCUUUUGGUCGUGUUUUUUCUGGUAAAUGUGCUACUGGACAGAAAGUUAGAAUAAUGGGACCUAAUUAUGUUCCUGGAAAAAAAGAAGAUUUAUAUAAUAAGACAAUCCAAAGAACAAUUCUAAUGAUGGGUCGUUAUACAGAACCUAUUGAAGAUGUGCCAAGUGGUAACAUCUGUGGUUUAGUUGGUGUUGAUCAAUACUUAGUUAAAACAGGUACUCUGACUACUUUUGAAGAAGCUCACAAUAUGAAGCAAAUGAAAUUUUCUGUAUCUCCAGUUGUUCGUGUUGCUGUUGAACCAAAAGAUCCUCAACAUUUACCUAAACUUGUUGAAGGUUUAAAACGAUUAGCUAAGUCAGAUCCUAUGGUCUUGUGUAUAACUGAGGAAUCAGGUGAACAUAUUGUUGCUGGUGCUGGAGAGCUUCACCUUGAAAUCUGCUUAAAGGAUCUUGAGGAAGAUCAUGCUGGUAUUCCAUUAAAGAAAUCCGAUCCUGUUGUAUCUUAUCGUGAAACUGUUUCUGAGGUUUCAAGUAUGACAUGUUUGUCUAAGUCACCAAACAAGCAUAACAGACUUUUUAUGACAGCCAUCAACAUGCCUGAUGGACUUGCAGAAGAUAUUGACAGUGGUGAAGUUGCUCCUCGUCAAGAUUUUAAGAUAAGAGCAAGAUACCUUGUUGAAAAAUAUGAAUAUGAUGCUACAGAGGCAAGAAAAAUAUGGUGUUUUGGACCUGAAGGCACCGGACCCAAUCUUAUGAUUGAUGUUUCUAAAGGUGUUCAGUACUUAAAUGAAAUAAAAGAUUCUGUUGUUGGAGGUUUCCAAUGGGCCACAAAAGAAGGUGUCAUGUGUGAUGAAAAUGUUCGUGGUGUUCGAUUUAAUUUACAUGAUGUUACACUUCAUGCUGAUGCCAUACAUCGUGGUGCUGGACAAAUUAUGCCUACUACUCGUCGUUGUUUGUAUGCCUGUAUGUUAACUGCCAAACCUCGUCUUUUAGAGCCUAUAUACCUUGUAGAAAUACAAUGUCCUCAAGAUGCUACUGGUGGUAUUUAUUCGUGUUUAAAUAAAAGAAGAGGUCAUAUAUUUGAAGAAAAUCAAGUCGUUGGGACUCCUAUGGUGCAAGUCAAGGCAUAUUUACCUGUCAAUGAGUCAUUUGGUUUUACUGCUGAUUUAAGAUCAAAGACUCAAGGUCAAGCUUUCCCUCAAUGUGUUUUUGAUCACUGGCAACUUCUAGCUGAAGAUCCUUUAGAUCCUGUUACUAAAGCAGCAGCCAUUGUUGCUGAAACCCGAAAACGUAAAGGUCUAUCUGAAGGUGUACCACCACUUGACAAAUAUUAUGAUAAAUUAUAAGGAUAUUUAACUGAGAAUCUUACAAAGACAAAUCUAAACAUCUAUAUUCUCUUAAAAAAAUUCCUUAUUUUUUA